UGCAGGCGUAUUUCACUCAGUUCGCCGGUGUGUGCGCACCAAUCACAGCCACAGCUCCAAGCCACCAGAGCAGCAGAGGAGAUCCCAAUGAGGAGGCCGUGGGAACAGAACAUGGACUGAAGUGUGGAAGGAACCAGGACUGCAUCCAGCAUCCAAUAUAGGUCACCUUACAACCAGAAGCUGAAGCUCACCACCACCACCAGCAGCCAUGGACAAGGAAACCUCGACCGGGUCAACCCAGCCCAGAGAGAAGCUGCAUUUGAGCACGUGCAUGAGCGGGAGCCACCGCUACGGCUCCAUAGCCAGCCAAUCCGAUGACAGCGUCUCAUCGGCUGCAGAAAUCAACAUCAUCUCCUCCAAACGAGCCUACGUGGCCAUAGCUGUUCUCUGCUAUGUAAAUCUGCUCAACUACAUGGACCGCUAUACAAUCGCAGGAGUUCUGCUUAGCAUCCAGAAAUACUUUAACAUUAGUGACAGCACGUCCGGCCUACUACAGACAGUUUUCAUCUGCAGUUUCAUGCUGUUGGCGCCAGUCUUCGGCUAUCUUGGGGACCGCUACAACAGGAAGGUCAUCAUGGUGGCAGGCAUGGUUGUGUGGAUUGUCACAACGCUGAGCAGUUCUUUCGUCACAGAAUCGUACUUCUGGUUGCUGAUCGUGCUGCGAGCGUUGGUCGGCACUGGUGAGGCCAGUUAUGUCACCAUUGCUCCUACUAUUAUUGGAGACAUGUUCACCGGCACCAAGAGAACGCUCAUGAUCUCCUUCUUCUAUAUCUUCAUCCCUGUAGGAAGUGGUCUUGGCUACAUCCUGGGAGCCACAAUAGCGAGUGCGACAGGGGAUUGGCGCUGGGCCCUCAGGCUUAACCCCAUCCUGGGAGGACUGGGCCUGGUGCUACUGAUAUUUCUGAUCCCCAACCCACCUCGAGGAGCAUCUGAAACCCAGGGAGCGACCUGCAUGGAGCGCACAACUUACUUGGAAGACAUCAAGUACCUCCUCAGGAACCGGAGCUUCGUCUGGUCUUCUUUAGGAGUGACUGCCAUGGCUUUUGUCACAGGGGCUUUGGCCUUCUGGACACCAACCUUUCUGUCCCGCGCUCGUGUCAUACAGGGCCUUACUAAUCCCUGCACCAAAGAGCCCUGUGACCCCUCUGAUAGUUAUAUUUUUGGGGCUAUUACAGUGGUAACAGGCGUCGUUGGGGUUUUCAUUGGCACCUACAUAUCCAGAAGGCUGAGAGACACAGUGGCCAAUGCUGAUCCACUCAUCUGCGCUGUGGGCAUGCUCAGCUCCUCUCCAUGCUUGUUCAUCGCUAUUGUUCUGGCAUCCACCAGCAUUCCUGCCACAUAUGCAUGCAUUGGUAUUGGAGAGACUCUGCUUUCUCUAAACUGGGCCAUUCUAGCUGACAUCCUGCUGUGUGUUGUGAUUCCAACCAGAAGAGCAACAGCUGAGGCCUUACAGAUCAUGGUGUGUCAUCUUCUGGGUGAUGCAGGAAGUCCGUAUCUUCUUGGCGCUAUUUCUGAUGCUCUGAGUACGGUUAAGCCCGAUUCCCCUGACUGGAGGUUCCGCAGUCUGGAGUACAGCGUUCUCCUCUGCCCCUUCAUCGGCGUCCUCGGGGGACUCUUCUUCCUCCUGACUGCUCUGUAUAUCAAAGCAGACAAGAAAGCUGCAGAGAUGCUGAUGAAAGGACAGACCUCAGCAGAGUCCACCGCAGAGUCCAUCGCAGAUUCGGCCUGACCCAGCACACACACACACACACACACACAUGCACUAUUGCAGACUGAUACCACUGAUACCACUAGGGGGCAUUUUAAGCUCCAGGCCUCACAUUCAGGCAGUUGUUUAUUGCCUUUUUCUACAGUUUUUUAGAUUGAAUUUUUAAUUUAUAUAUGUAUUGUUAAUAAUCACACUUUAUUUGUGUGAUCCAUCUGCUUAUGGUCAUCAAUCACCCACCCACAGACACACACACAUACACACAACAUACACUCUUUAGUUACAUGACUCACACCUUCCACAAGCAGAUGCUCUGUUUUCUAUGUUUACCACGUUCAGUAACGACAGCAGAAUCACCUCCUGAUUGAAAUCCAGGUACAGUUCUAUCAUAUAGAAAAUAUGUGGUGAUGAGUUUUGACAAAUAGUUAGUUUUUUAUGUGUAAUUUCAGUUUUGCAGGUUAAAAUGAAUGUAUAAUAUAUUUAAUACCAUUUUUUUCACUUUUAAAUAAAUUUUUAAUACAAAACA